GUCAGUUUCUGUUCAGAAUAACAUCACACCUCUCCAGGAGAACCAGCAGCCAAAAUCCAGUCUGAUGAGGCAUAUAGGAACAUCAAAAGUUCAAGAACAAAAAGAGGGUGCAGACAUGUUGGUCUAUUACAAUCUCGCUUGUCACGAAAGUGGUGUGACAGGGAUGGGCCGAACUUCAGGGAUCGGUGUGUUGGCGAUCACUAAAAAGAGAUGACCAGCAGUUAAAAUCCAGUCUGAUGAGACGUACAGGAACAUCAAAAGUGCAAUCAUAAAUGGAUGUAUUUUAAUGCAUGAAGCCAUAUAAAGAGGUGCAGCACCAGAAGGACUUUUACUUCAGCCGCAGUAUCGACUCUCUACGCUUAAACCCGAAUAUGGCAAGCAAACAUUGCAGCAAUGAAACUAUUCUACGAAAUGAUGAGGAGCUGAGGAUUGUGAUGGUGGGGAAGACUGGAAUUGGGAAGAGUGCCACAGGAAACACCAUUCUUGGGCAUAACUGCUUUAAAUCAAAGUUCAGUGCCAAGUCUAUGACUGAUGAGUGCUCUAAGGCCUAUGCUGAAGUGGAUGGACAAAAGGUUGCUGUUAUUGACACCCCAGGUCUCUCUGACACCAGGUGGGCCCAGGAUAAAACUCAUAAAGACAUAAUUCAGUGCAUCUCUUAUUCUUCGCCUGGACCCCAUGUCUUCUUGGUUGUCGUCAGGCUGGGUAGAUUCACAGAAGAGGAAAAGCAGACAGUGCAGAAGAUCCAAGAAAUGUUUGGCCAGGAUGCAGACAAAUACAGCAUGGUUCUCUUUACUUAUGGUGACCUUCUUAAAAACACCACUAUUGAGGAGUUCAUGAAGGGCAGCCCAGACCUGCAGGAACUUGUGGCCAGGUGCAAUGGUCAGUACCAUGUCUUUAAUAAUGAUCUGGAGAAUCGCUCGCAGGUCACCGAGCUGCUUAAGAAGAUCAGAACCAUAGUCCAGAAAAACGGAGGAAGCCACUACACCAAUGAAAUGUUCCAAGAGGCAGAAAGGGCAAUCGAAGAGGAGAAACAACGCAUACUGAAAGAGAAAGAGGAGCAAAUACGCAAAGAGAAAGAAGAAAUGGAGAUGAAUCUACGAGCAGAAUAUGAAGAAAGGCUUCGAAAUAUAGUGGAAAAAUUCCGGGCUAAAAGGGAGAAAGAAGAAAAUAGUAGGGUAGAGAUGGAGAGAACAUCGGAGUUGAAAAGAAGCAAGGAGAUAAAAGGGGAUGAGGAACAGAGAGACAAUGAGGGGACAGAGGAGGGGAGAAAGGAAAAGAAAGGAAAGGAGAGUAAGAGUGAAGAGAAAAUAAAGAGGGAGAAGGAACAGAAGGAGAAGGAAAUAAAUGAAAAGAAAGACAAAGAGUUGAAGAAAGAACAGGAGAAGAUGUUAGAGGAACAGCAAAAGGAACAGAACGAGUUGGAUAACAAAAAGGAAACUGUGGCCAGACAAGAAGAAGCUAUUCUACAAAAUGAUGAGGAGCUGAGGAUUGUGAUGGUGGGGAAGACUGGAAUUGAGAAGAGUGCCACAGGAAACACCAUUCUUGGGUGUACCUGCUUUGAAUCAAAGUUCAGCGCCAAGUCUAUGACUGAUGAGUGCUCUAAGGCCUAUGCUGAAGUGGAUGGACAAAAGGUUUCUGUUAUUGACACCCCAGGUCUCUCUGACACCAGGUUGGCCCAGGAUAAAACACAUGAAGACAUCAGCCAGUGCAUCUCCUAUUCUUCACCUGGACCCCAUAUCUUCUUGGUUGUCGUCGUGCUGGGCAGAUUCACAGAAGAGGAAAAGCAAACAGUGCAGAAGAUCCAAGAAAUGUUUGGCCAAGAUGCAGACAAAUACAGCAUGGUUCUCUUUACUUAUGGUGACCUUCUUAAAAACACCACUAUUGAGGAGUUCAUGAAGGAGAGCCCAGACAUGCAGGAACUUGUGGCCAGGUGCAAUGGUCAGUACCAUGUCUUUAAUAAUGAUCUGGAGAAUCGCUCACAGGUCACCGAGCUUCUUAAGAAGAUCAGAACCAUAGUCCAGAAGAACGGAGGAAGCCACUACACCAAUGAACUGUACCAAGAGGCAGAAAGGGCAAUCGAAGAGGAGAAAAAACGCAUCCUGAAAGAGAAAGAGGAGCAAAUACGCAAAGAGAAAGAACAACUGGAGAAGAAAUUACGAGUCGAAUAUGAAGAAAUAAUCAAAAACAUUACUGAGAAAUUCCAGGCUGAAAUUGAGGAAGAGAGAAGAGACAGAAAAAGGGUAGAACAUGAUAUUAUUGUUUUGAAGAGGGAAAGUGAGAGGAAAAUGAAGGAGAUGGAGAUGGCAAGGGAUAGGGACAGGACAAAAAUGGAGCAGAUGUUGAAGAAGAACGAAGCAUUAAACAGCACAAUGGAGAAGCUACAGAUAGAUUUGGAAAAGAGAACGCUGGAUAUAGAGAAGGAGUGGGUAGAGAAAAAAGAGGAGAGGAAAGAAUGGGAGAAGAGAAGGGAGGAGGAAAGGAAGGAGAUGGAAAAGAAAAAAGAGGAGGAAGAGCAGCAGAAGAUGAUUCAACAAAUAAAGGCAGAGCAUGAAAGAGUUCUCGAAGAGCAAAUUAAACAGUUGGAGGAAAAGUAUGACAGAAUGGCCAGAAAGAAAGCAGAAAAUAAAAACAAGUGUAGGAUUUUAUAACAAGGCGGGGAGUGUAAAUUAUAAACUGUGUUUUGAACCGUGGUUGAUCCAGACUAGCAUUAAUCACAACGUUAAACGGCUCGGGCUGUUCUAGUGUUAAAAAUACAGACUUUUAUAUUAGUAUUACUAUACAUGCAUUGGUUCACAUUUAAUCACCAAGGCUGAACAUUUGAGUAUGAUUUAACUAAACUGUACAGUAACUGAAACAACUUCAUACACAUCCAGGCUUAUCUUUCUUUCUCUGAUUUGAGAGUACAAUCAUAAAUGGAUGUGUUUUGAAUGUAUAAAGCCAUAUAAAGAUGUGUAGCACCAGGAAAGCAUUGGUAUUUAUGUGUGGGUGUUUGUGGUUACUCAUUGCCCUGAAAAUCAGCUGAUAACUUUCUCAAAAUCUGGUGAAGCCAGGUGAUGGCAUAUCUUUACAUUAUUGAUGCCUUAGUCCAAGUUGCAUACAUUUUUUUCAAAGCAUCAAGGUUGCCCUUGUGUGCAAACACACUUUAAAUGAUAACUAAGACAGUAAAUGUUCCAAAAAAGAUCAACUGAUUUCUUUGCACUGCUAUGACCAUUUUUAAUAAUGUGAAGACGUGCACUGUAAGAAAUGUUUGAUUAUAGGGUUAACCCUUUCAUUUCAUUGCUUUGUUUAGCAUAUUUGUAUGGAUAACUCUAGAAUAUGUGUUGCUACCUGGGUGUUGGCCAGUCCUCAUUGUCUCGCCUGCAGCUGGUACAAAAUGCUGCAGCGAGACUUCUGACUGGCACAAGGAAAACAGAAAGCAUCACACCGAUUCUAGCAUCCCUGCAUUGGCUACCUAUUGAAUACAGGAUUGAUUUUAAGAUUCUUUUAAUUGUUUUUAAAGCCAAACAUGGUCAUGAUCUGCAGUAUAUAUCAGAAUUAUAUAUCUACUCCAGUUCCAGGCCUCCUUAGAUCCUUGAAUCAAUUGUUUUUAACUUUUCCUCGGUCGAGGUUAGUGGGUAAGGGAGAUCGUGCCUUUUCUGUGGAAGCUUCAAAGCUUUGUAAUAAUCUUCCACUUUGUCUCAGAUGUCCCCCCUCCACUGAUAGAUUAAAACACAUCUCAAGACAUAUUUGUUUUCAAUGGCCUUUCUUAGAGGUUUUUAGCAUUUUAAUAUAUUUUUUUAUUCAAUUAUUUUAAAAUGCUUUUAUUUUUAUAUGUUGUACUGCAUUGUCUUGCUUUUAUAGCAGUUUUAUUUUAUUUGUGCUAUUUUAUGACUUAUUUUGAUUUUAUUUUACUUGGUGUGUUGUGAUCUUCAAUUUCUACAGCACUUUGGUCAACUCUGGUUGUUUUAAAUGUGGUAUAUAAAUAAACUUGACUUGACUUGCUUCCUGUUUUUUAAAUCAUAUAGCCCAGUCAGACUUGCAAAGUCAAACCUAUUUCAGAGGAUAUGACAGUCCAUUUUCAUGGCACAUUCAUUUUGUAAUCUGCCCAGGUCUGCGUCUGUCCAUGUCCAUCCCAAAAUGUCUCACCAACAUGCCUAUAAAACGUAUACAGGGGCUUUCAAACAUAUUAC